AUGGCUGCUAGACCGACUGUUAACGUUAGGGGUCUCGACGGUGCCGCCUCCGGCUCGCUCCCCCUCCCCGCCGUCUUCACGGCCCCCAUCCGCCCUGAUGUCGUUCAGGCUGUUCACACCAACGUGAACAAGAACAAGCGCCAGCCCUACGCCGUCUCCGAGAAGGCCGGUCACCAGACCUCGGCCGAGUCGUGGGGUACCGGUCGUGCCGUUGCCCGUAUCCCCCGUGUCGGCGGUGGUGGUACGCACCGCUCCGGCCAGGCCGCUUUCGGUAACAUGGUCCGCGGUGGUCACAUGUUCGCCCCGACCAAGCUGUGGCGCCGCUGGCAGAUCAAGACCAACCUGAACCAGAAGCGCUACGCUACUGCUUCGGCCCUGGCUGCUACCGCCGUCCCCUCGCUCGUCCUUGCCCGCGGCCACCGCGUCGAGGAGCUCGAGGAGAUCCCUCUUGUCGUCGCCGACGCCGCCGAGAGCCUCAAGAAGACCAAGGAGGCCGUCGCUCUCCUCAAGUCGGUUGGCGCCUACGCUGACGUCGUCAAGGUUUCGAACUCGCGCCAGCUCCGCGCUGGUGUCGGCAAGAUCCGCAACCGCCGCCACACGCAGCGCCGCGGCCCCCUGGUCAUCUACGGCCAGGACAACGGCAUCGUCAACGCGUUCCGCAACCUGCCCGGCGUCGAGGUGUGCUCGGUUGACCGCCUCAACAUCCUCCAGCUUGCCCCCGGUGGUCACCUCGGCCGCUUCGUCAUCUUCACCGAGUCGGCCUUUGGCCGCCUCGACGAGGUCUUCGCCUCCAAGACUGGCUUCACCCUGCCCGCCGCCAAGGUCUCGAACCCCGACGUUGCCCGCAUCAUCAACUCGGGCGAGAUCCAGUCGGUCUGCCGCGAGAAGGGCCCCAGCAAGAGCAAGAGGCCCUUCACCCAGCGCAAGAACCCGCUGCGCAACCGCGCCGUCCUCUUCCGCCUCAACCCCUACGCCCAGGCGGCCAUCCGCUCCGAGAUCCGAUCCCAGUCGGUCAAGAAGUCGGCCAAGAAGGAGCCCAAGCAGGUCGCCUCGAAGGAGUUCCUCGACCUCCUCUUCGCUCCCUAA